AUGGAUAAUAGUUAUAUCGGUGUCGCCAGCAUAGGGCGACACUACGCUGUAAUACCCCACGCAAUUCACACUGUGCAAAAACUAGAGUAUAAUCAGGAACAGCAUGGAUGUCGAUGGUCUGAACAACGUUUAGAAAAAGACAACGGCAACGACAACGGGAACGGCAACGGUAACGGCAAUGGCAACAACAAUGACAAAUGCGGAAAUAAACAAAACAUAACUGAAUACCUACAAAUGCCGCCAAUUACCCAAUAUGAUGAUUACGAUUCGUGUUUAUAUGAGAACAAUGAUGGCCAUGGAAUUUUUUGUUUAUCUUAUACUGAAGUUGUUCCAAAUAACAACUCACAAAUUUGGCAAGCCAUAGAAAAAUAUUCAUAUAACUCCAAACAGAAAUACCGAUAUCGACACGAUGUAAUAUUUAUAGGAACUUGCAUAGACCGUUGUAAAUCUUUGGCAGCUACAAUGGAUCCAUCGCAAUUUAAUCAAUUCUAUAUUGGAUCCACUUUAAACAAAGAAGUAGCAACGAUACAUGCCGGAAAUCAUUCUGCUAAAUAUCGGGAGAAAUAUGAUGAGUUGAUAAAUAAAUGUCUUAACCAUGAAUAUCAAAAUAAAUAUGGCUUGCAAUUGCGUUCUAACAUUGAAUACUGUAUAGAUAGUAGAAAACCACAAGGCUAUGAUACUGCAGAUAAAUCGUUCAUAUUUCUUGUAGUUUGCAUAAUAUUUAGUUGCAUUGUGUCAACUUGUUACGAUUUCUAUUUGAAGUCAAAGGAACCAUUGGACUCACAGGCAAAAUUUUAUGAAAUAAAAUUAACCAACAAAUUUCAAAAAUUGUUAACCUCAUUUUCUCUCAAAAGAAAUUACCUUAAGUUAACAGACACCCAGUACAGAGGCACCGACGAUUUGAAAUUCUUUAAUGGCUUAAAGGUAGUAGGACAUUUACUAAGUAUUUAUGGACAUUUCGGUACUUCGCAAGGAGGAUUUCCAGUAUCAAAUUCACAUUAUUGUGAAGAUCGCUCCAGAAGCAGGAGGGAACCAUCUAUGAUACACGGAGUUGUGAAUAUGAACUCGAUAUUUUUAUUGAUGAGUGGAUUUAUGUUGUUUUAUAACUUUAAGAAUAGAUUGAAUAUUAAUUACAAAAGCAGUUGGAAUCAUUGUUUCAAAGUCAUUGUGAAAGCGAUUUUUUAUCGUUAUUUGAGGUAG